AUGCCAGGCCUCUACAAGCUAUACGCACAAAUAUGCUUGAUCUACUCAGUUCCCGACACAUCUUCGCAUGACAACAUUAUCACAACUCUGACCAACGGACUUGAUCGAUUGGCAGAAGGCUUCCCAUGGCUUACUGGCCAAGUUUUCAACGAUGGCGCAUGGGAUGGCAACACCGGCGUCUUCAAAAUCACCCCUCUUGACAAGAUCCAGCUCGUGGUGAAAGAUCUACAACAUGACGCCUCUGCACCAACAAUAGAUGACCUUCGCCAGGCCAAGUACCCGUUCACCAUGCUCAACGAAAACAUCAUUGCACCUAGCACGACCAUCAAUUUACCUGGUGCCCCGCCGGGAAUCAUCACGGAGUCAGCGUUGGUCUUUUGUGUCCAGGCGAAUUCCGUCAAGGGCGGCCUGAUGCUCACACUCGUUGCCCAGCAUAAUGUCAUGGACAUGACUGGACAAGACUUCAUCGUCAAUAUGUUGUCCAAUGCCUGCCACAAUGAGUCAUUCACAAGCGAGGAAAUGGCCACAGGAAAUAUAGACCGGAGCAAUAUCAUCUCACUAGUGGAUUAUGCAUACGAGCCAGGUCCUGAACUCGAUCAUCAGCUUGUGAAACCACCCCUCCCCCCCGGAGUGUCAGUGAUGCUGCCUCGGAACAACUUGCGCCUCCAAAAAUCCACCUGGGCUUAUAUUGAAAUUUCUGCGAGAGACAUGAUUCAGACAAUAUCCGAAGAACCUUUAGGAGUGGUUGCUGCACAGCUUCGAACCCAGCUCGACCCGAGUACCAAUGACCUAGCGUUUAAUAUGCGUGCUUUGGCUACUUUCCUUAGUCGACCGUCUGACAAGACCAAAACUUCGUUUACUGCAACUGUUCAGAUUCCGUCGGAUUUUAUGAUUAGUUCUUGGUCGAGGAUUAACUGCUAUAGAUCUGGACUUUAA